AGUGUGGGCUGGAGCGUUGUGCUGUCAGUGCUGUCAGUGCUGUACACUGUGCAGACUGGGUCAGUCACGUCACUGACACACUGACACAGAUAAACUGUAGAUAAAGACCAGAUCUAAGUGGACAUGCGGAAACUACACGAGACAGGACGUGAAAGACAUAAAAGCUAAAGACAUCUCCAUAAACCUACCUACAGGCAGAUGUGUGGGCAGGCGCUCUCCCUCUUGUGGUUGGCGCAGGACUCUCCUGUGCAGCCCGGUGGUACGAAACCGAGUCCGAGGUCCCAAGGCCUUGGUGGUGAACGUUCUUCUUAGAGGACGUUGUCAUAACACGUGAGGGUGCAGCUGCAGAGAGAUGGCAGACAGUGCAGGGCUGCAGUCUGUCAGCGCCUUUGCUUUUGAAGCCAUGCAGAAGGUGGAUGUAGUGCGCCUGGCUGCCCUCAGUGAUCCAGAGCUCAGGCUGCUGCUGCCCUGCCUGGUGAGGAUGGCUCUGUGUGCUCCAGCUGAUCAGAGCCAGACCUGGGCUCAGGACAAGAAGCUCAUCCUCCGCCUGCUCUCAGGAGUGGAGGCUGUCAAUUCCAUUGUUGCUCUGUUGUCUGUUGACUUUCACGCCUUGGAGCAGGAUGCACGAAAGGAGCAGCAGCUCAGGCAUAAGGCUGGCGGCUCUAACGCAGAGAGCAUCCUGGUGUCACAGCUUCAGCAUGGCCUGACCCUGGAGUUUGAACACAGUGAUCCCCUGAGGAGGCUCCGUCUGACACUCAGUGAACUGUUGGCCAUCAUGAAUAAGGUGACGGACUCAAAUGGAGAAUUUUUCUUAAAGUCUUCUGAACUCUUUGAAAGCCUGGUUUACUUGGAAGAGGUCGCAGAUGUCCUCUGUAUUUUACAAGCAGAGCUGCCGUCCUUGCUACCCAUUGUGGAUGUAGCCGAAGCUUUGCUACAUGUACGCAAUGGUGAUUGGUUUCUGUGUCUGUUGGUUGCCAAUGUCCCUGACAGCUUCAAUGAAGUUUGCAGAGGUUUGAUCAAGAAUGGCGAACGGCAGGAUGAGGAGAGUCUUGGAGGUCGACGCAGGACUGAAGCACUCCGGCAGUUAUGUCAGAUGAACCCCUCACAAGCCCUCAACAUCAGAGCCAUGGUGAUGGAGGAGUGCCACCUGCCUGGCCUGGGUGUGGCCCUGACUCUUGACUAUAAACCAGACACACCAGAUGAAGCUGUCAGUCCUCUGGUCUCUUAUGUGAGCGGACUGCUGCUGGGCACCAACAGCAAAGUCCGUACCUGGUUCAGCAUGUUUAUUCGCAAUGGACAACAGCGAAAGAGAGAAAGCAGCUCGGUCCUGUGGCAGAUGCGCAGACAGCUGCUGCUGGAGCUGGUCGCCAUCCUGCCGCGGUCACGCAGCACCCACAUGCCCAAUGACGGUGACAUGGAAGGGGAGGGCAGCUCAGGGUACUCUGGCCUGAGAGAGGAGCAUGUGGUGAAGGCCAGUGCUCUGCUCCGACUCUACUGUGCCCUCAUGGGCAUCGCAGGCCUCAGACCGACAGAUGAAGAGGCAGAGCAGCUACUACAGCUCAUGACCAGUCGGCCUCCAGCAACUCCUGCUGGCGUUCGCUUUGUUUCCCUGUCCUUCUGCAAGCUGCUCGCCUUCCCCACUCUGGUCAGCACUCCAGAGCAGGAGCAGCUGAUGGUCAUGUGGCUCAGCUGGAUGAUCAAAGAGGAGGAAUACUUUGAGAGUGCUGCGGGCGUAUCUGCUUCUUUUGGAGAGAUGCUAUUACUGGUUGCCAUGUAUUUCCAUAGCAACCAGCUCAGCUCCAUUAUUGAGUUGGUGUGCUCUACUUUGGGGAUGAAGAUUGCCAUCAAGCCGAGCUCUCUGAGCAAGAUGAAGACGAUCUUCACGCAGGAAAUCUUUACAGAACAGGUCGUCACAGCCCAUGCGGUUCGGGUCGCUGUGACCAAUAACUUAAGUGCAAACAUCACAGGAUUCCUCCCAAUUCACUGCAUCUACCAGCUGCUUCGGAGCCGAGCUUUCACCAAGCACAAAGUGUCCAUCAAGGAUUGGAUUUAUCGCCAGCUCUGUGAGACCAACACCCCCAUCCACACCCAACUGAUCCCUCUAAUUGAUGCCUAUAUCAACUCCAUCCUCACUCCAGCAUCCAAGGCCAACCCAGAGGCCACCAACCAGCCUAUCACUGAGCAGGAGAUCCUCAGUGUCUUCCAGAGCGCUGCAGGGCAAGGGGAGGGUGGUCGAGGGGGACGACAGCGCUACUCCAUCACCACCCAACUGCUUAUCCUCUACUACAUCCUGUCAUAUGAGGAGAAUCUGUUGGCUAGCACCAAACAACUAGCCCUGAUGCAGAGGAAACCAAAGUCGUACUCAGCAGCCUUGAUGGACCAUAUCCCUAUUAAGUACUUGGUUACCCAGGCCCAGGGACUGCAGCAGGAGCUUGGGGGCCUGCACUCUGCCCUGCUGAGGCUGCUGGCCACCAACUUCCCCCACCUGUGUCUAGUGGAGGACUGGGUGUGUGAGGAGGAGGUGACUGGUACCCUGCCCCUGCUGAGGAGAAUGAUGCUCCCCAGCAACACCUGCAGAUACACUCAGAGCCAGCUCCACCAGGCCUUCCAGAAGUUGCCGUCCAGCAGUCCCAGGUUGAUGCGGAUCCUGGAGCACUUAACGCUGCUUUCACCUGGAGACCUGAUCCCUUAUGCAGAAGCACUCACAGCCAGCAUGGCUCUGCUGCUGGAGCCCGACGUGCCUCGUCGCAUAUUGCAGACCCUCAACAAGCUCUGGAUGGGCCUCAACACUGUGAUGCCCCGCAGGUUGUGGGUGAUGACAGUGAACGCACUCCAAGCCUCAGCGAAGCUGCUUAGGCAGCAAACAUACACUCAAAACGAUCUGAUGGUGGAUCCGCUCAUUGUGCUGCGCUGUGAUCAGAGGGUGUACAGGUGUCCUCCCGUGAUGGACAUAGUUCUUCACAUGCUGAAUGGCUACCUGCUAGCCUCAAAAGCCUACCUACAGUGCCACCUGAAAGAGACAGCUGACUUUGAACGGCAGAGCCAGACAGUCACAAGCCUGGGGGUCCCUGGACAGCCAGAUACACCUGAGGUCACCAGGGAGGAACUGAAGAACGCACUUCUUGCUGCACAGGAUAGCGCAGCAGUCCAGCUUCUCCUUGAGGUGUGUCUGCCAACGUCCGAGGAGCAGCAGCUGGGGGCCAACACAGAGAGCCUGCUGAAGAGCAUCAAGGGUCCCAUGCCAGGGAAAUUGAAAGAGGGAAGCCCGGGGCCGAGGGCCAGCAGAGUCCUGGAGGAAGCUGAGCCAGAGGGAGGCCUGCUCAGUGACUUGAGGGAGGUGCAAUGUCUCAUCUGUUGUCUGCUACAUCAGAUGUUCAUCGCUGACCCCAACAUUGCCAAGUUGGUUCACUUUCAGGGUUACCCUCAAGCUCUGUUGCCUUUAACUGUGGCAGGCAUCCCCUCCAUCCAUAUCUGUUUGGACUUCAUCCCAGAGCUGCUGGCCCAGCCCCAGCUGGAAAAGCAGAUCUUUGCAAUCCAAUUGCUGUCAUACUUGUGUACCCAGUACGCUCUCCCCAAGUCCCUCAGUGUGGCCAGGUUGGCCGUCAGUGUGAUGGGGACCCUCCUCACAGUGCUGACUCAUGCCAAGCGUUUCUCCUUCUUCAUGCCCACACUGCCGUGCCUGGUGGCCUUCUGCCAGGCCUUCCCCCCACUCUACGAUGAAGUGGCAGCUCUGCUGGUACAAGUGGGCCAAGUUUGUGCCUCUGAUGUAGCCACCAAAGCCAGGGACGUUGACCCUCUCAUUGCCCGCCUGCAGUAUCUGAAAGAGAAGCCUCAGGAAGCUGUGGUUCAAGGAGGAGGCGGCUCCUCGAAGCUGACUUUACCUCAGAAGACAGCAGAGGAACUGGGUGGAACUGACCCUGAUGUUCAACUGUGUUACUGUGUCGAAGCCACAUUCAUGGACAUCAUCAGCACCACCCUUCAUGGACUAUAGGCCACACGCACAUUCUGGAGGGAGAGGAGGGACAGCGCUUCAACCGACAACUCUUAACACAGACCCCGACAGACAGUCACACUCCUGAGUUGAGGGCUGCACGGUAUUAGGAUAACAUACGAUAUGAGAUAACGAUGUUGAAUAUCGCGAUGAAUUGAAUUAUGAAUUACAUUUUUAACAUUUUAUCUAUUUUGUAUGAGCUGCAUUUCUUGUAUGAAAGGUACGACAGAAAUCAAGUUUAUUAUUAAAUUAUAUCAAUCAAUAUCGCUAAUUGAAAUGUUACAUUAUUAUUCAUUUUAGGUUUAAAGACACAGAGUUUUGCUCCUUAAAACAUUAAACAAAAAACGUAGGUAGAUCUAUGAAGUAUGUUACCUCCUCACUGUGUUUGAACAAUGCAUUCGCCAAAUAAUUGAUAUAUAUUGCAUUACUUUUGUUAUAUUGAAGUCGAUGAAAUGCAUCUUUUGAUAUUUAUUGAUAUUGUUGGACUGCCCAGCUCUAUAGUGUUAUUUUGAGUCUUUUCAUACAGGUUUGGACCGUGAAGUUAUUAUUUCGCAGGUUUUACCAUCAGUAAUUUACUUCUGUGUCUCCAGCAUUCGCGCUGCGCACUGCGGCCACUAUCGCGCAUGUUGAUAUCGCGAAGAUGAUACAUUUUCGAUAUAUCGUGCAGCCCCACUGAGAAGGGCUUAUGUCAACACACAUCCACUCAUCUUCAACAAAUGGACUCGUAUCGAUGUUGACUUGAUCAAGGGCUUUCAGAGGUUGUGGGUUGCCUUCAUUAUUUUCACAUAUUGGGAUUUGCACUCUCUAUCCACUCUGGUCUCUUUGGUCAGUCAUGUUGUGAAAAAGACAUUCUUUACCAGCAGGCUCCUUCUUGACAUGUUAUAAAUAAACAACGAUUCCCAAUGUAUGUAGAGAAUGUGUGUUAUGUGCUCUGUGACCGUUUUUAGAAAGUAGAAUACUGAAAAUGUCAAAUGGAUACAUUUUCUUGACCUCAGCUGGCAUAUUUUUCUAAGCUGCAAGUGUUAUAACUUUUCUCAUCAACUGAAAUGUAUGUAGAGCUUUUUUAUUGUAUUUGUAAUAAAACAAUGAUUUUAUUGAUAA